UCCUUGCCUGCCUUCCUGCCUGCGACGUAGCGCUCCUCUCGCCGGGGCUGCGCUCUGAUCGGCCGAACAUUCGCCGCGCUCCUAAAUUGGUUUGUCAUUUCUGACCCCCCGCCCCCUCCUCUCUCUCUUGCUCUCGCUUCCUGACCACGGUCCUCUGCUCCGUUGCGCUCGUGGACUUCAGCUGAAGUCAGUUAAGAACAUAAGGAGAGAGACGGGGGAGGGAAGAAGGGAAGGACCGGGAUACAGACAGACAGAUAGAGGAGGAGAGAGAGAGAAAGCGAAGGAGAGAGAUACGCCUCUGUCCUCCUCCAGCUCUCUACUGGGCUUGUAGAGCGUUUGGACGGAGUAGAGCUUUUUUUCCCCUCUUCCUGAUCGGGAUCCUAAGCACGCAGCCAUAGCUUUAUCCCCAUCCCUUCCUGGAGGAACACUUGUCCGGGCUCCCUUUUUUUUUUGCAGCAAGUCGGGAGUCCAAGCAGCGAUUAUCAAGUGAAACAAACCGACUAGGAAGGUACAUUUGCGUCCUGCUGCCUGUUAAGAAACAUCCCCUCUUCUCUGUGCUGGAUGUGUACAUAUUUUCCCUCAGAUCCCUGCUGCUGGUGAUUGGGUUGAGGACGUCUUGCUGCCACUGAGAUGUGAUUCUCUGCGGUUUCAUUUUCCUCCAACAAAAGAAGAUAUACACUAUCAGGCCUGUAUGGUGUCAGGAAUACUGAGCUGUGAAAGAAACAGCUCAGCACUCGAGCGCCUGGGCUCAGCAGGAAGCACCUCUAUGUCCGCUUCCAGGUCAAAAUCAGACGCCAUGUGGGCCAGAUGCCUGAUCUUCAUCUCAGCGUUGAUCGCACCCAUCGCCAUAGUUUAUGGCCGUGCCCCCAUCCCCAUGGCGGUGGUACGCAGGGAACUGUCUUGCGAGUCGUACCCCAUCGAACUACGCUGUCCUGGCACGGAUGUCAUCAUGAUCGAAAGCGCCAACUACGGCCGCACUGAUGACAAGAUCUGCGAUUCGGACCCCGCCCAAAUGGAGAAUACCCGGUGCUACCUUCCCGAUGCGUACAAGAUCAUGUCACUCAGAUGCAACAACCGUACACAGUGUGCAGUGGUGGCAGGGCCUGACGUUUUCCCUGAUCCGUGUCCAGGGACAUACAAAUACCUGGAGGUUCAAUAUGAAUGUGUUCCCUACAAAGUAGAACAAAAAGUAUUUCUGUGCCCGGGCAUUCUACGAGGAGUGUACCAAAGUGAACAUCUCUUUGAAUCUGACCACCAGUCAGGUGCAUGGUGCAAAGAUCCGCUUCAAGCCUCUGAUAAGAUAUACUACAUGCCCUGGACCCCAUACCGCACAGACACAUUAACUGAAUAUUCGUCCAAAGAGGAUUUCAUUGCAGGCCGCCCCACUACCACAUACAAACUCCCACACCGAGUAGAUGGGACUGGUUUUGUAGUCUAUGACGGUGCACUGUUCUUUAACAAAGAGCGCACCCGCAACAUCGUAAAGUUCGACCUUCGCACACGGAUCAAAAGCGGCGAGGCCAUCAUCGCCAAUGCCAACUACCAUGACACCUCUCCGUACCGUUGGGGGGGGAAGUCGGACAUCGACCUUGCUGUGGAUGAAAAUGGGCUGUGGGUGAUCUACGCAACAGAACAGAACAACGGACGCAUCGUGGUGAGCCAGCUUAACCCUUACACCCUUCGCAUCGAGGGCUCCUGGGACACCAGCUAUGAUAAGCGCUCUGCUUCCAAUGCUUUCAUGAUCUGCGGCGUUCUGUAUGUCGUUAAGACCGUGUACGAAGAUGAUGACAAUGAGGGGACAGGAAACAAGAUUGACUACAUGUAUAACACGGACAAAAGCAAAGAAACAACUGUUAAUAUACCAUUCCCUAACUCCUACCAGUAUAUAGCUGCAGUGGAUUACAACCCAAGAGACAACCUGCUGUAUGUGUGGAAUAACUACCACGUGGUCAAGUAUUCACUGGACUUUGGCAACAAUGACUAUCGCCCACCUCCCAUGCUUCCACCCAAUCGUGGAGGGGCAGGAGGAGGCGGGGGAGGCUCCUCCUCCUCUUCCACUAGCCGCGCCACCACCACACGUUCCCCUCCCUACUACACCACCCCAAGACCUCUCCUCACCACAUCCCCUGGCCAGCGGUACAGGACAACCACCACAGUCCGCCAGCCUAUUCUGGUCCCAGCUGGAGGUUCAUCGUCCGACUCCAAUCACAUCCCAGAUACCAACCAGAAAGUGGGCCGAUCCCCUCCUGUGCAAGUCCCUCCAGUGGCCCCACAGCCGCCUGUGCUGCCUCCUCAGGAUUUCUGCACUCCAAGAGUGACUGCAGACAUAUCGUGGCCCCGGACACAGCAAGGCCAGACAGCCAAGCAGCCGUGCCCUGUGGGGACCCUGGGCGUGGCCACAUAUGUGUGCUUGCCCCGUUUGGGCUACUGGGCUCCCCAAGGCCCUGACCUCAGCAACUGCACGUCACCCUGGGUCAACCACAUCAUGCAGAAACUUCGCUCAGGCGAGACUGCAGCGAUUGUGGCCAAGGAGCUGGCAGAGCAGACCAAAGGGCUUCUGCGUCCUGGCGAUGUGCCAUCCACAGUCCGGGCCAUGGCCCAGCUAGUCGAACUGUUGGAUGUCCAACUGAGGAACCUCACCCCCGGAGGCAAGGACAGUGCUGCCCGCAGCCUUACUAAGCUUCAGAAGAGAGAAAGGUCCUGCAGGUUUUUCACACAGGCGAUGGUUGAGACGGUAAAUAAUUUGUUGCAUCCAAGAGCUCAGGCGGCGUGGAAAGAGCUGCCCACCAGCGAGCAGCUGCACUCAGCCACUCUACUCCUCGACACCGUGGAAACGGGUGCUUUCAUGUUGGCCGACAACCUCCUGAAGACUGACACAGUGCAGGAAACCACCGACUACAUCCAGCUGGAGGUAGCCAGACUCAGCACGGAUGGAAACCUUGCGGAUCUGACGUUUCCUCAGUCAGAGCAACAUGGAAAUGCCAUCCAGCUGUCAGCCAGCACUCUGAAGCAGCACGGCAGAAAUGGUGAGAUCAGGAUGGCUUUUGUGCUGUACAGGAACUUAGGUUCUUACCUGCCGACGGAGAACGCCAGCGUCAGACUGAGCAGCGAGGCGGUCUAUCCAAAUUACUCCGUUAUCGUGAACUCCCCGGUCAUCACAGCGUCGAUUAACAAGGAGAGCAAUAAGGUGUACCUUUCUGAGCCCGUCGUGUUCACUGUCCAACACCUGCAGCAGUCAGAGAAGAAUUUCAAUCCCAACUGCUCUUUCUGGAGCUACUCCAAGCGCACCAUGACGGGAUUCUGGUCUACGCAGGACUGCCGACUGCUCGCCACCAACCGCACACACACCAGCUGCUCCUGCACCCACCUCACCAGUUUUGCAGUACUCAUGGCUCAAGUAGAAGUCAAGAAAGCAGACAGCAUGCACGACAUGCUCCUGGACGUCAUCACGUGGGUCGGGAUCCUGUUGUCGCUCGUUUGCCUGCUGAUCUGCAUCUUCACAUUCUGCUUCUUUAGAGGCCUGCAGAGCGACCGCAACACCAUCCAUAAGAACCUCUGCAUCAGCCUGUUCAUUGCUGAAUCACUGUUUCUAGUCGGGAUCAACAAGGCCGAUCAGCCAAUCGUCUGUGCGGUCUUUGCGGCCUUGCUACAUUUCUUCUUCUUGGCAGCCUUCACCUGGAUGUUCUUGGAAGGGGUGCAGCUCUACAUCAUGCUGGUCGAGGUGUUUGAGAGCGAACACUCCAGGACUAAGUACUUCUACCUGGCAGGGUAUGGCGUGCCAGCUGUCAUAGUGGCCGUCUCGGCCGCCGUGGACUACAGGAGCUACGGCACCGACCGAGUGUGCUGGCUCCGCCUGGAUACAUACUUUAUUUGGAGCUUCAUAGGACCUGCUACUCUCAUCAUCAUGCUGAAUGUAAUCUUCCUCGGUAUCGCCCUUUAUAAGAUGUUCCAUCAUACGGCCAUCCUCAAGCCAGACUCCGGGUGUCUGGACAACAUCAAGUCCUGGGUGAUCGGCGCCAUCGCCCUGCUGUGUCUGUUGGGCCUGACCUGGGCGUUCGGCCUUAUGUACAUCAACGAGAGCACCGUGAUUAUGGCCUACCUUUUUACCAUUUUUAACUCGCUGCAGGGCAUGUUCAUCUUCAUCUUCCACUGCAUCCUUCAGAAAAAGGUGCGCAAAGAGUAUGGCAAAUGUCUGCGUACUCACUGCUGCAGCGGCAAGAGCGUGGAGACGUCCAUCUCCUCCUCCAGCAAGACCACCACCUCACGGACCCCAGGCCGCUACUCUACAGGCUCACAGGUGAGCUUACCUGCCUGCACACCUGGACGCUACAGCACAGCAGACUCGCAGAGUCGCAUCAGACGGAUGUGGAACGACACUGUGAGGAAACAGGAGUCCUCCUUCAUCACUGGAGACAUCAACAGCUCCGCCACGCUCAACAGAGGAGCCAUGGCUAAUCAUCUUAUAACUAAUGCUCUCCUUCGUCCCCAUGGUACUAACAAUCCUUAUAACACUCUCCUGGGGGACUCGGCAGUCUAUAACAACCCAGCCGUGGGCAUGUACAACACCCAAGCACCUUACCGAGACACAAAGGGCAUCCUGAACAAUGCCAGAGACGCAAGUGUUAUGGAUACGCUCCCUCUUAAUGGUAACCAUCCCAACAACUUCAGCAUGGCCAGCAGCGAGUACUUGAGCGACUGCGUUCAGAUCCUGGAUCGAAGCGGCGGGUACGGCACCCACAGCAACCACAAGGAGACAACCCUGGAGAAGAAGAUCCUCAAGGAGCUGACAUCCAACUACAUUCCCCCUUAUCUCAACAACCAUGAGAGAGCCACCACUGAGCGCAGUCACAACCUGAUGAACAAGCUGGUUAACAGCAGUAUGGCCAACGGAGGGAGCAUGGCUGGGGGAAGCAGCAGCUCCAGCAGUGGAGUGAGUGGCUGUGUGGGCAGCAGUAAAGAGGACAACAGUCCUAUAGUACUGGACAACCCCGCCGCCUUCCCCCAUGAGGAGAACCUGGGUUUGGAGAUCAUCCGAGAGGAGUCCAAUGCACCCCUCCUGCCGCCACGGCCCCCCCCACCGGACAGCCACCCGCCUCCUCCACCUCCUCCUCACAGCUUCUCCCGGCAGCGGCGCAUUGCCCAGGAGCCCAGUGAGAGCUUCUUCCCCCUGCUGACCAAUGAGCACACCGACGAGCACACGCAUUCGCCAAACCACAGAGACUCGCUCUACACGAGCAUGCCGGUUUUGACAGACCUCCCCGACGGGCAGAUGAACGGGCUGACGGAUGGAGAGGAGGACAGCUCUGGGGAGCUCCAGCCCUGUAAGAGCGCCACGGCUCCAGAGCUGGAUGACGUAUACUAUAAGAGCAUGCCCAACUUGGGCUCCAGGAAUCACCUUCACGAGCUGCAGAACUACUACCACAUGGGCCGCGGGGGAAGCGAUGGAUAUAUGGUGUCUGGGAGCAAGGAGGAGUCUGAUUCAUCUCCAGAGGAGCCACCAGUGGACCCUUCUCAUCUGGUCACCAGUCUAUAGAGCCAGCUGAGUCCUUUAUCCCUCUUAAACCCAGUUUGACUCUUUCAAAGUUCAAGUGAUAUCAUUCUGUGUUGCUGACUGACAGACAGAGCUGACCUAACCCUGGAUUCAUACACUGUGUGACACAACAAUUGUUUCUGACAAUGUGGCUGAGAAAUCACUGGUCAAAACAACUGGUCAAAUCAGAAAACGUGUUGUCAUAAAUGGUGCGAACUGGAAAGGGCGAGUCCCAAAGACAAUCUGCGAGCAUCAAGCAGGAAUGGAAAGUUCAACUCAGAACAGGGAGGGGUUCUGCAAUUAUGUAUCUGUUACUUUUAAUUUGGAAACUUGGACUGAUUGUAGCCCUGCAAGAUGCCCCCGGUAUGGACCUCUAGCAGAUCCUAGCAAAUAGUUUCCACUGACACCUCUACGUUGGCACAAGCCCUGGUUAUUGGAGCUGCGUGUCUGUCUGUGUGUCUGUCUCUCUGUCAAAACUCUUAUUCCAAGAGGGUAGAGCAGGACCUUCACUGAUAAACUUUCCCCAAAGAGGCGUCACAAUCCUGCCAGUCGAGUGAAGGAUGUAUUAUAUAUACCCUCACUAAUGAUCGUCCACGACAAAACCCAUAUCAUUCUGGCAAUUCAACUGCAUCCAUAUCACAACGAUAUUCCAAACUCUCUUCCUGUUCAAAUCUGCUAAAACUGGAGUUGCGUAUGGGCCGGUGUAACAUUCCUGCAAACUGUAGUGGCUACAGAAAACAAAGACAGAAUAUAAUAUUACAAAUGAAUGAACAAGGGGGGGGGGAAUAGGGUUUCAUCGAUUCUUCGCUCUUCUGUAAAGGUUUUUCAUCAUCAGAAGGAUUGUGAGAAACCAGAAGCUGUUUAUGUAUUGUACAGAAUAAAAUAAAAGAUACAAAUGUUGCAAGUCUUUUAUUUUUGGAUUUUACGUUGCAAACUUUGUGUCUCUGGGACUGUUCCUAAGUGUCACAAUGAAAUAUAUUCUGGUCACGGACUGACCUCAGAAGGAGCAAGGAACAAUCUUUUCGUGUCAUUCUUUCGUAAAUAUGACAAAGCACUCCUCAAUUAAUAUGCAUUUACCCUACGCACACGACAUUCUGUUUUUUUUUUUUUAUAGCAACGGCACUGUCACAUUUUGCAAAUCAGUUUUUACUGUAUGCUUUACCACUGUGUAGAUGUAAAACUGGAUGGAGACAAUGAAGUGAUAAUGGAGUAGGUACCUUUCGGGGAACUGCGUUGCUGGUGGAGGAGCUUGGAUUAGAAGUAUAAAGAUGGACCAACAGACUGCAAUAGGACGCUUUAUGAAAUAUGUAAUUUCUAUUGCCAAGUUUUUUAACUGACAUACAUUGUUGCCCUGUUUAAAAUAGAUAAAAGCUGUUAUUGUCUGAGCUAUCAUAAAAGCAGGUGAGGUGCCACGAUUCCAACUGGAACAUGCACACGACAGCUCCUUCUAAAAUCCCAGAAAGCCGAUGUUUACUAAUUAAAAGGGGGAGGGGAAAUCAUAUGUGUAUGAAGUGUAGCUUGCACAUGUGCCCCACAAACCCCCUUCAUUUCUGCCCCAGAAGAGAAAUUAUUUAUUUAUCUGUUCAUUGGUAUAAAGAAGGCUAAACAAGCUCAGAGGGAAGGAGGCUGGCUUCAGGGAAGAAAGGAUUUAAUGCGGCACUGGGUUUGUUUGUUUGUUUGUUUUUUGGUUGUUUGUUUCUUUUUAAGUUAUUACGAUCAUGAUUAUUAUUACAAUAUUACUGAUAAUUAUUUAUUCUUUUUGUAUGGGUUCCAAGUUGAAUGAUCUCAUAACUAAUAUUUGUUGUAACAGUGAAAGUUGUUUGCCAACAAAUAAAUUACUGACAUAGCUUUGA